GGAAGGAGAUUUUGGAAAUAGGGAAGGGCCAGCGCUAGGGCGAGCGCUGGGAGGGCGAGGCAAUGGCGCUGGGCAUCGGCGUGGCAUUUUGCCAGGCCAGUGGAGCUGCCGUUGCGCGAUUGCGUGAGCCCUGUGUUUUGAAGGUAUCGAUGUCGCCCGAGAGCAAGAGAAGAGUGGUAGAAUGCAGUGUGCUGCUUGGUUCUAGACAAGAGAAGGAGAGGAAUCCCGAGCUAGAAUCGUCGCGGGCGGCAUUGUGGAGCUCGCGAGUUGCGACAGUCUUGAACCAAAGGUUUCGAGAGAGAAUGGAAGUAAGAGAAGGAAUCGAAAUGGAAGGACCGCUUAUUCGGCUUGCUGAAACUUCAUCAACUGUGGAAGCUGCGAUUGUGCUGGUCUUUGGAGCAGGGACUUGUCAAUGCUUGGAUGCAAUAUGUGCUAAACUCAGGGCUGUGCGCGCUGGUGGUGGUAUCGGGUUUUGUAUCGCCACGAAACCAUUCAGAUUUGAGGGCCAAAGACGUCUGGAGAAAGCUGAGCGGAGUCUUGCCACUCUUAAAGCUGCUGCUGACUUACUUCUUGUGAUCGAUCACGAGACAUUACUGACAAGAGAUGGUCUUACUGUAAUGGAAGCAACUUGUCUAUCUAACAUUAUGGUUUCACUCGGAGUUCAGGCUGUCUCUCAGUUGAUAUCUGGCCAAACGUCUUUCUUUUAUGAUGGAACUACUGAAUUCUCUAUUUCUGAAAUGAUCCUUCGGCUAUGGGGCUCAGCAAAUGUAAGGCUUGGAAGUGGGAUUUCGCUGACGGAAGCAGUCAAGGAAGCUCUCGACAUGGUUCCCGUGUCAGAGACGGAGAGACAAGGACCAAUAAUUUGUGCCCUGACCAACUCAAAGCGAGUACGAAAGGAUGAAAUGCGCACCGCUGCGCGCAUUCUCCGUUCUGUAUCAAAAACAGAGGCGACAAUUGCAUGCUUUUCCGUGCUUGAUGCAAGUUUGGCUCCUGGAACUCAUCACGUUCUGUUAAUGACAACGAGGAUGGAAACUGUAAAAGACAACUUGAUUGGAAAAGUUGUGUAUCCCAGCACGCGUCAAGACAGCCGCGGACAUUGUCAGAAUGCUCCUACGUCGAGCUCUACUUUUACAGAGAAUUUCCUUGCUAAAAACUCUUCAUCAACAAGUCGAGAGAAUACAAGAGCAAAUGGAACUUCCGUGACUGAAACUCACAUCGAUUCAAAGGCACAGAGAACGUUUCCAACCGCUUCUACGAGUGAUAAGGAAUGUCGUUCAUGGGAAUCAGGACCAUUUUCUGAUAACGCGAGAGCUUGGGCCCAGUCGAGAUCAAACGAGCCUCGGCAGCCUGGUCGAGUUCGAGAAAUCCGGCAAGCACAGGCAAACAGCUACAUGGAACCACACGAAGCAAACAAGGUGAAUGCGCUGCAACCGUUGCCUUGUGACCCUGCUGCAGUGCCUAACACCGGCGUUCUAAGGAUGGGAAUCGACGCGGUGUUGGAGGCGUGUAGAACGGCCUCCGAGUUGAUCCAAGACAAAGAUCGCAACAGGCCAGAGCAGUCUCUGUCGGAACGAGCUGCGUGAAAACGAGCGAAGUCCGAGAAGCCUCUCUCCGUCGGUGGAGAUGAACUGUCAAGGUGGUUCGUAU